AUGCCCCAUCACCAACAAUCCAGCAGGUCGGCGGUCGAAGCUGCACCUCUCGACGGAUACGGCAACGGCCACUUUUUCUCAUAUCAAUCAUCUCGCGCUCUUCGCUGCCGUUUUGCCAUCCUGGUCCCGCUGAUCCGGACAGGACAACUGAUCGUCAGGGUCCAGACAUCUGAGACACUCUCCAAGUUGCCAAACCUGAAAGACGCCGAAACCUCGUCCAAUCUUGUCAUUGAAAACCAUCUUUCCGUCACCAUUGCUCUCGCCAGCAACACCAUCAUGGUUGUCCUGGUGUAUCUGCCGGCCACGAUGGCGGAAUAUGCUAUUCACGUGGAGGCGGCCUUUACGUGA